ACGUUGCCAAUGGUAGCUGGAACUCUUUAAAUUCAAGAAAAAAACACAUAAACAAGAAAAAUGAGGUUAUGUAAGUUACGUUAGAUUAACCUUAAGAAUUAUAAAUAAACAUUUGAGAUAAUCGUUUUAAUUAUAAAUGCCGCAAUAAUUUAAUUGAAACUGUUCCAACUUAAGAUAAACAUGAAAUUCAAUCAGAUAAUCAGGCAUUUUUUCUUUUCGAAAAAAAGCAAACCAAAUUUUGGAAAAUAUUCAAUAGUGCAUCCAGGCAAAGUAUCUCCAAAGAAACAAGUCCCAGACAAUAUACCGAAACCAAGUUAUUUCAGAACGGGAGAACCCUCAGAAAAUGUGAUGGUGUCCGAGAUUAAACAAAGUGGACAAAUCCAAAGCAUGAGAGACUCUUGUAGAUUGGCUGCCAAUAUUUUAGAAACAGUGGGACAUUCUAUUAAAGUGGGACAAACAACAGAUGACAUAGACACUUUGGUUCAUAAACUUUGCAUACAAUAUGGUGCCUAUCCUUCUCCAUUAAAUUAUAAGAACUUUCCCAAAUCUGUCUGUACUUCGGUUAACAAUGUAACUUGUCAUGGGAUACCUGAUGAUCGACCAUUAGAGGAUGGAGAUAUAGUGAAUGUGGACAUUACGGUAUUUUAUAAAGGAUACCACGGAGACUGUUCGAAAACCUUUCUGGUGGGAAACGUGGAUGAGGAAGGAAAAUGGCUAGUAGAAGCCACAGAAGUUUGUUUGGAGGAGGGCAUUAAUGUUUGUAGGCCCGGAGCCUACUUUAGAGAUAUCGGAUAUGCCAUAGAACAGAAAGCUAGUGAAUUGAGUUAUACAGUUGUACCGGCUUUCUUAGGGCAUGGAAUUGGUAGUUAUUUUCAUGGACCACCAGAGAUUUACCAUAUAAGAAAUGUUUAUCCAGGUAAAAUGCUUCCAGGAAUGACCUUUACAAUUGAACCAAUCUUGACCCAAGGCAAAGAAGAAAUUGAAAUAUUAGAAGACAACUGGACGGCUGUAACUGUUGAUGGUGCAAGAACUGCUCAGUUCGAACAUACCGUUUUAAUAACCAAUGAUGGGGUGGAAAUUUUAACACUACCUCACUGAUAUAUCAUAUAUAUAUUAUAAACGUAGGGCAUUAUAAAAUGCAAUAAAACACGUUAUUUGUAAAUAUUUUUCUUUUAAUAUAUAAAUGGCAUGUA